AACGACGUUCACGUGGCCACGGGCUUACUCAAGCUUUAUUUUCGUGAAAUCAGCGAGCCUGCUUUCACUGACCAUCUCUACCCCUCAUUCAUCAAAGCUGGGCACACCUCGGGUGAGGAACGAUCUAGCCAAAUUCAGGCCCUGUGUCAAGAGCUGCCGCGCAGCCACCGCAAAACGCUGGCUUAUCUAUUCCGGCACUUGCAACGCGUGGCUCAGCACAGCAGCCUGAACAAGAUGCAGUACAACAAUCUGGGCAUCGUUUUUGGGCCCACGCUCUUGCGUGAGUCGGAGCCUAGCUUGGAC